AUGGGGGUGGGUCUUUGCCGAGAAAAAUCCUGUUUUGGUGGUUCUUCAUGUGUUAAUCUGAAUAUGUCCCACUUUUGCCUGUGUAUUGAUGGGUAUUACUAUAACUCUUCCCAAUGCAAUAAAGGAAAGGUAUUACCUGGAACAAUUAAAGUUAAAAUGUCAGAAAUAUCUGGCUUGGAAAAUGAAACGUCUAAAGCCUAUGAAAUCUUACAUAAGAAAAUUACAAAGUUUUUUGCAGAUGUGUUUUUGAAUGAUGAUUAUGGACAGACUGUGAUUUAUAAACUAAGAUUAUCUGCUCUAGCAAGAUCCGAAAUGCGUGCUGGUGACAAGCUUGUUGAUGUAGAAGUAGUAAACAUUUUUGCAGAAAAUUCUAAACAAAAUGAGAUGACUGUAUCUGAGGCAAUUAAUAAAAGAAUUUCAAACAACUCUGCUGACUUUGAAAGCUAUGCUAUGCAAGAUCGGUGUGAGUUUUAUGGUUGUGUGAAGAAUAAUGUGCAAGAUGACUGCAGCGAUGGUUUACUGUGCCAAUGCAAAGAGGGGCUGGAAAGGCCCAACCCACAGAUUGCUAUGUGUAUUGCGUUAGGUCCAAAGUGUGCUGAUACCUGCAAGGCAGAACACAAUAUGCAAUGCGUGGUGAAGAGCGAUGGGACCCCUGACUGUGUGUGCCUGCCGGGCUACCAGAGGGAUGACAGUAGGAACUGCCAACCGUGUGCCUUUGGCUACAGUGGAGUCGACUGCAAAGAUGAUUUUCAGCUGAUUCUCACUAUCGUGGGCACCAUUGCUGGCAUCCUCGUUCUUGGCAUGGUGAUCGCACUGAUCUGCACGAGAUCAAAGACAAGCAAGAAUAUUGAAGAACAGAACUUGAUUGAGAAUGAUUUUCAAAGUCUGAGACUGCAGUACAUGACAGGCUUCAGCAACCCAGGCACGGAAGGGCGCAUCUUCCCGAGAGUCCAAACGAGCUUCCCCAACAGCCAGCCACGCAAUCCCUAUGCGCAGAGGAGCAUGCCCCGCCCUGACUAUUAGGAUGGUAAAAAUUUGCAACCAUCCGUGGCUCUCAACCCAAUGUCUGAGCUUUUAUUUUGACUGAGAGACUGAUGGAGAACUGAGCAGCAGUGAAGAUCCAGCCUCUGGUAUUAUUCUGCCAUCUGACAUCCAGCCUCUCUGAAAGGAAGCUGUAACCGUUGGCCUGACUACAGCUUGUUUGCUAGUUCUUAUGAAAUUCAAUGCACUUGGAUGCUUAUUAGCACUUGUAAGACAGUUGAUUUUCUCCAGUCCGUACAAUGGUUAGGGUUUUGUUUUUGUUGUUGCUUCUGGUGGGCAGUAAUAACCAUGUUCAAUCUAGAGGAAAGUUCCUAAGGUUGUCUAUUCCAGGGAAAACGUUGCUCUUGAGUUGAUAGCCUAGAUGAGUGACCUACUUCUGGGAGACUCUUACACAUCAGCUGUGGGGGUCUCAGGGGAUGGGAAGAGAGACCAUGUUUUAAGGUUCUACUGUCCUUCAGCUGUAGGGAUUUCAUUGCCCUUGAAUUGCCAGGAGCUCGUGACCAGGCCUCACACCAAGAAGGACAAAAAAAAAAAAAAAGACAUGUCUCAGCUUUUUCAGGAGGAGUGAUGAAAUACAGGACCUUUUUGUGAAUUAGAAGGCUUGGACAAAUUAGAAGUGUCCAUCAUGGGGUGCAUUCUUGAGUUUUUGGAAUGCCGGCAGGUGGGAGGGGCUGGCAGCAGGAAAAACAGAGGCAGAAAGAAGCUGGACUGGAAGGAUGAAUGAAGGACGAUUCGUCCUCAGAUUCCCUUCCUCAAUGGGCAAAUGGGCACUUCCUCUAAUUCAUCCCCUACCCAAUACUCAGAGCCUAGGAAAAAGUGUGAAGACAAAAACCCCAGGAGCAAGAGCUUUAAGUCACUUAGAAAUUGCAGACAUUCUGUCUGGCUGAUGGUGGAAGAGGGAGUCUGUGCUCUGGAUCCAGAUGUCCAGCCUUGUGAAGCAGAUUCCAGAGGUACUUCACUGAGGCCUCAGUCUUCUCUGGUGACAGAGGCUUAGCUGUGGCCACCAACACAUACACACCCAAGAAUGGGGGUGGCCACAGCC